AUGGAGGGUGAUGAAAGUGACAGUGAUCUCAAACCUUCAAGCGUUGCUAUUAUACGAGAAGUGUACGAUAGUGAAAAUGCCCACAUUAAAUUUGAAAUGGAAUUGGAAAGAGCACUUGAGGCUGGUGUUAGCGUUAUUGUUAUAGAGCCAGAGCCACUAGGAGAAGAAACUGCCCGAUGGAUUUACGUUGGUAACCUGUUACAUAAAGUGUCAUUAUAUAGUGGAUUAUGCAGCAUAUCAUCAGGUUUAGCUUGGAAUUCAUUGAUGUGCACACCUUUUGGAUUGGUAUCAGUUCUUUGUGCUGGUUGCUAUACUCUAUCAUGGCAAUGGGAUCCCUGUUGCAAAUAUCAAGAGGAAAAAGAUCGCCGCCACUUGUCAACCAUGCCAAUGUUGAGUGACCUUACAUCUGCCACACCUGUUGUACUGGUACGCACAGAUAAUAGACGAAAAAUCAUUUUACAUAGCACAGUAUCUAUAGCUGCAGUUACUAUAUGUCUAUGGAGAAUUUUCAAAACAUUUAAGUGA